AUGGAAGGGUAUCCUUCCGACACAGCGCCUAAAGCGGCGGAUGUGGAACCGGCAAAGGACAUGUUUGGCGACGUGAACGAUGACAAAGAGCUUCAGGAAAUCUACACGCUCCUGACAGAGAACUACGUUGAAGACGAUGUGCCAGAGACGUGCCAACUUUCAGGAAUGCGAGAGAUGAGAAAGGAAGACGUUCCACGUGUGCAUGCUUUGGUUUCGACCUACUUGAAGAAGUUCCAACUUCAUCCAGAACUAUCGCCAGAAGAGGUGGAGCAUUGGAUGAUGCCACGUAAAGAUGUCGUGUACUGCUACGUCCGUGAGAAUGAGAAGGGCGAGAUCAACGAUGUGUGCUCCUUCUAUAAUUUGCCCUCCACCAUCCUAGGCCAUGAGAAGCACAACCAGCUGAGAGCAGCCUACUCAUACUGGAAUGUGGCCACCACAGAUACGUUGAAUGUGCCACUUGCAAUGCAGACCUUGUUUGUGGAGGAUUUCGACGUGUUCAAUGCGCUGGAUGUCAUGGAGAAUGAGAGCUUUCUCAAGGUCCAGGGCAACCAGCUUGCUGUGAUCUGA